AUGGUUGCUUUCAGAGGACUUUAUCACAGGUUCUCCCGACUGGCAAAAGUUGCUGCACAGAAUCAAGUGCGGAAAUACGACAAAUGGAGCGGCAUGGCCACUAGAACCGUGGCGGACAUUAUGGUAUGAUCUUCUCCUCAGACGCCAGUUCAGUAGAAUAUGCAAACCUGCACCCAAGGGUCAGGGACAGGUACUCAGGGAUUGGGGAUCAUUUCCACACCAGAACCAAGACCGAACACCUGUGAAAUCGGUCGUUUUAUCAAUUUUUGUCAAAGGAAGAAGACGAAACGCUAAUUUCUAAUGUUUCGAAUUAAUAAAGGAAUUAAUCGGAGCAGUAACAGGUCACGUGAAUUAAACAGACCCGCAUAACUAAUCCUACUUCACACUAGUCCUGACAUGGAGACAAAUGAAAGAUGAGAUUGUGACCAAAUUUCACGUUUAUUAGAAUACUUCCCCGAGUCUUUUAACAAACUUUCUUGAACGUAGGGAUUUUUUUAGUAGAAUUUUUGUGAUUUUGAAAACUUUUUUUGAAAUUUUUUUGAAAAUGUCAAGGAAUAGGCCUACUGAAGUUUUACUGCAAGCUGAUCCUUGAUUUCUUUGGGACACCUUGUGAAAAUUUUGAGAAUAUUUACCAGAAAUAGUCAGAAAUUUCAAUGCGAUACUUUCAGGAAAUUUGAGUAUUCUAAGAAUUUUUAAUGACUUUUUAAAAAUGAUUUUCAAAGACAUACACUGAUGUGAUAGAUAAACUUACUCAAGUUAAAAAUAUGUAAGCAAAACAUUCUAAUAAUUUGGCAUUAUUUGCUAGAUUUUAUAUUAAAAUGAGGCAUAAAGCAUUAAGUUUGGUAAUUUUCUUAAACUUUUAUGAAUUAAACUUCUGAAAGGUCUACAAGGAUACUAGGAGGAGCCAUGUGCCUCUCAUUUUGAAGCAUGUAUCAGUGGCUACCAUAUAAAAUACUACAAAACAUACACUGUGGUGGUACUUAAAGUUAAGCAGAAAAUAAUGAUUUUCUUGGAACAGCUUUGUUGUUUCAAUCUUCCCUCUCAUCUGUGAAAUGGUUGUAAACUGCUCCAAGUGACUGCCAGCGUAACUGCAGAUCAAAAGUUAAUGAGUGUGUUUAUCUUGUCUUUGUUCCCACAUCAGAGCAUUUCUUAAGAUGUAGGCGAGAACAGUUUGAUCAUAGUAACCAUACUUCCUCUUUUGUGGCAUGUUGCCAUGGCAAGACUUCCUCUCCAGGCAGGAAGUGACAGGAAGACCCAAGUGAUGACUUUGUGUGCGGCGUGUGUCAAAACACUGCCUUAAGACUUCUGCUUGUAGUUGGGUCUCUGGCCACCAUGGCGAAGAACUGUAACGCUCUAGGGAUUCCUGUUGGCUACAUGGUGAGUUUUGAUUUGGUUGUGUAUAAGUGAUUUUAUGAUGGGUUGACAUAUAGAUAAGUGUACCUGUGUUUAAGAGGAAUAAGAUGGGCAUGUAUAUGUUUCUAAGACAAUUUGGUAACAGGAAUGCUUGAAUACUUAGUUUUCCUGUCAGCUUGUUUCAGCUGGCUCAAACUUUGCGUUGACAUCCUGACGUCGAGGUCAAAGUAUCCGCAGUAUUGGUUUGGUUGAGUUGUUUCUUGCGUUGGCUUGUAUUGUCUGUCCAAACCUCUUAGGGGUGCUGUCUCAAUCAGGCUGUUUGGCUUCAAUUGGUUGCCACUGGAAACAGAAUGGGCCUUCCUGUGUCAGAAGCUGAAACCAAGCCUGCCAAUCUGUCAUGCGUAGGCUGGGCUGGCUCUGGUUUACACUCUGUGAGACUCUUUCCAAGCGGUUUUUGAAUUGGCCAUGCUCUGCCAAGAGAGUAAAAGUGUACAUAACAGAAAGCAGCUUUUUUUUGUUGUAUGAGAGGAAGUUCCCCCAGACACUCCCCCCUACACUGUAUGCUCGCAUAUCUUGCCUCUUGUCAAAAAGAUUGACAGAGAAUACUAAUCCUUGGAUUUUGCUCUUUUGCUUUGAGUGUACCAGAAGCACAAACAAGACAAUGAUGAAUCAUUUUCUUUCAUAACAGUGUGUUGAAAACAGUAGAUGAGAAGUGUGUUUGCUUCACUUGGCGAGUUUAUCAGUACUGACAUGUUGUGUUGUUGAGUUUGAGCAGUGAAGCAAAAAGAGUGAAGAGGUGGAGCUGCAGCUGAGCAGGCACCUGCAGAAACAGCCACCCUGUGUCAACCUUAUAUGGGCAAACCGUUUGAAUGACCAAAAACUGUUGUCAAAAACACAUUUGUAAGGAUACCCUCCCUUAAAAAAACACCCUACAGAUAGAUUGCUCUUGUUACAUCUUCUGAAAUCUUCCUCCUUUUUAAUGGGUUAAAAAAACUUUGGCUUGGUUGACUACCUCAUUUGACCUCUACAUGAACUUUACUGUCAGCUCCCUAAAUCAGACAUUUUUUAACCCUCAGUUCUUCAAGCUUCUUCAGCGGCUAGCUUAGUGAUUGUUUUUUUUUGUGGACUUUGCAAGUUGUUUUAAUAUUUUAAGCAUAUUUUUGAUUUUCUUUUGCAUAAAAACCUAGAUUAAGCACUCAGAUUAGACCACUUGAUAGAUGACAGUAUUAUUUGAGUUAAAUAGAACUAAAUUCUUCCACAUUGGCUUUUUGAACACUUAAAUUUUUGAUAACUACAAAAAAUCUACUUUGUGUACAACCAGUGCAGGUAAAGCACUAAUCUAGUGUGUUUGGCCCACUGAUCCUCGUUGGGAAAUACUUCCCCUGAGGGCUACCUUUGAUCAGUAUCAAGCUAUUGAACUGUCUGCACAAGUCUGUGUACAAAAAGUUUGUAGACUGUAUUGGCCGUCUUUGUGACUAUCAAAGUGCUUGAGCUGGAAAUGAAAGAACUUUUGUGCUUUCGAAGCUGAAUGAGCCUUUGUCAUCAGUGUCAAAACCGCUUCCUGUGAAAACAGCCUUGACUGAUUGCAUUAUGUUUUUACACAGAGAAAAACGACACGCCACUUUUGUUCACAUUUCACCUCCUUAAUGUGCGCCUGUGCUAAAUGUACAUUCGAUUUUAAGCUCUAGUAUAAAUGUUGUGCUAUACAAAUAGAAAAAGUCUAUUCUGGUUUGUUAAAAUGAUGAUCCUCACAUUUUCUGUCAGUGUAUUUUUGUUUUAAGGUGUAUUUUAAUGAAUUUUUUAAAACAGAAAAUAAUUCAUAUAAGUUUUAGUUGUUGUUAUCCUUGUGUUACAAUCAAAUGGAGCAGUAUGCAUUCCAGAUUUUUUUCCAGUCUUGUUCACUUCCUUAUCUCUCUCUAUUAACAGAGCCAGGCAGUAUCAGACGGAGGUAAGCGUGACAGCCAGCAUGUCUGAGCUCGUCAUAGGGAAAGAUCUUAUUCAGUCCUCUUUCCUUGUAGUGCUUCUUUGCACUGAUAAAGCCGUUUUUGUGUCUGGAUGCAUCCUAGAGUUGAACAUGUCUGUGCGGGGCUGCGGAGGAAGCAGCUCCAGCCUUCCAGGGACACCGUGCGGAGAGGCCGGCCCAGCCAACAGUGUGAUGAGCUGGGCUGUCUCAUUUGAGAAGCUGCUGGAGGACCCCUGUGGAGUCAGACACUUCACUGUGAGACACACUGAACACGCACAUUGCUAUGUUGAUAUUGUUAAAAAGUUGAGAAAUACUUGAAGUCGUGAUGUCGUUUCAUGUCAAAUGUACUGAUAUCAUGCAUGUUUUUCUUCUGCAGGCCUUUUUGAGGUCUGAGGUGAGUGAAGAGAACAUUUUAUUCUGGAAAGACUGUGAAAGGUUUAGGAAGAUCCCAGCCACCUACUCGGAUGAGGUAUAGCAACAACUUAAAACUCUUGACCCAGAAAACCGUUCGGCAUGUACUCUGUGAUUCUUGAUACUGUUAUAUGUUUUGCUCUCUAGACCUCCUUAUCUUGUUCUUCCUUCAAAUCAUAAACUCUGUGAAACUUAUUUUUGUAGACAAGCUGUUUCUAACUUUCUAACUAUGUAGAUGCAUCUGAAAGAAAGAAAUAUUGUAGAAGUAGACAGAAUUGACAGGUUGUAGACUGGUCACUCAGCAGCUAAGUCCUGCUGCUGCUCAGCUUGCAAGGAGCUGAGCUGCCUUUUAGCCAUGUAUUGAUCGUGUGACCCGCAGCGUGAACGCUUUUGAAAGAUUGAUUUAGUUCUUGGUAAGCUCAAACAAUAAAAGACACCCAGCCUGUGUGUAAAUCUAUGCACUCUGAGAUCUUUUUUCAGUGUGAUGUUUGGGGAGGUGUUGCUAUUCUUAGGAAAAAGGCGUCGCAUGUAUUCAGCCUGAUGGAGUUUUUGUGCUUUUAGCUGAAGGCAGCAGCUCGCUCCAUCUAUGACACUUACCUGUCCGAUAGCGCCCCCCACUCAGUCAACAUCGAUGACACAGCCAAGACAGAGGAGAAGGAUCUGGAGCAGCCCACUCCUGGCAUGUUUAACAAGGCUCAAGCACAGGUCAGAGGGCACCCACAUCAAUUUAAGCCCAAGAACACAGUGGUAUUGAUGCACCUCGGCUGACUGUCCUUGCUUUUUGUCAGAUAUUUAAACUGAUGAAGAUGGACUCCUACAGGCGCUUUGUGCGCUCUCCCCUUUACCAGAGCUGCACCUUGGCAAGUGUGGAAGGCAAACUUCUACCUCAGCUCUCCAAUGAGCCAGUCCGCAUGGGAUCAUGGGAGGAUGUUGCCACCAGAAGCUCCUCAUCCAGUGGGAAAAAGGUCGAGUGACAGUAGGAGGGGAGUAAAGACUGAAGGCUAGGGAAGGGAGGGAAACAUGUGAGUAAUCUGUGUUUUAUUUGUGCUGUACUUUCAUGAACGUGUCAAACAGAAAAACACAUCAGACUCCAGUAGCUUCUCAGUGGGGAAGAGUGCCUCGGAGAAACAGCGACAAAAAAGAGGAUCCUGGGGAGGUAAUGCCUGUCAGAUGAAGAUCUUGUACUUCUCUUUUAUGCCUUCAUUAACAUCCUGUGACUUUGUUUCAUGAUUUCUCCCUGGAUCUCUUCUUGUUCUUUCCUUCCUGUCAAUAACAACAGAUUCGCCUAACAUUCAGGGGUUAGUUCCAAGGACAGACUUCCUUCUGUCAGUCAAGUCGAACAGCAGUGUGGAGCUCAGCUCCCUCUACAGGCAGUUUGAGGUUAGUACACUUGGUAUAAAAGGGUUGAAACUUGCACUAUCAGAUGGAGGAAUCAUGUUGAGAUAAUGUUUUACAAUCAGCAAGAAAAAAACUAGAGGGCAAGUCUGACAGAUAGGGGAAAUCUGCCAUAUUGUGAUUAAAUCUUCCAUCUGAAGAAUAUCAUACACACAUUAGUUUUAAAAUCUCUUCUCUCACUGCAAUGUAGAAUGGCAGAUCAAGUCCCAGGUUUUCAGAGCAGGCUGCUGCUGCUGCUGCUGCUGCUGCUGCAGCUGCUGGAAGUCGGAUAGGAGUGGAGGGGGGCUACUGCUGUGUAUACCUACCUGAUGGCAGUGCCUCUCUAGUCCCCACACCUAAUGGUCAACCUAUCAAAGAAAUGUUGGCCAGCCUGUGUGAGAAGAGAGGCUUCCCGCUGAAAGAUGUCAUCAUCUACCUUCGGGGCAAGGACAAGGUGAGCACUUACCCUCUCAGCCUGCAGUGUCCACAGUUUGAAAUCAAGAAACUGUUGAAUAGUCUGUUGCAAAGUUGUUUUGCAACGGGUGGUAUGAAAGAGAUGACUACCCUCUUCCUGUUCUGCUUCUCUCGCUUCCAUUUCUUAAAUUCUGUGGAGCAUGUUUUUACGUGUGUCCAAUCAGUGUUGACAUAUCUGAAUAUCUCUUUCAUUUCUCUUUGUCUGAAACUCUGUUCUGUUCCACAGCAACGUUUAUUGCUGGACCAGGACUGCUCUGUACUGAAGGACAAACAAGUCUCUUUAGAGCUCAGGGUGACGUUUGCGUGAGUCACUUUCUUCAGUUUCUUUUUUUUAUCCCCUUGAUAGACUCUCACACCCUCAGCCACACCAUUUCAAGCUACGUGCACUCAUAAAAAGGGGAAAUGGGAGGACACUGGCCACUACAUGAUACACUUUAUAUGCAGUAAACAUAGACCGUUCCUGCCAAAAUAUUUUUGUGACAACAUGCUGUUAAUGAUGCUAAUCUGCUCUCCCACUUCAUCUGACUCACAUUACAGUUUGUGUUUACCUUGUGGAGAGGUAAUGAAAACAUAAAUAUGUUUCAGACUGGAGAUUGCCUUCACUGGUAAGCCGGUGCAGAUCAUGGUGAAGUCCAGUAAAACCCUUCAGGAAGCUCUCUCAACAGUUCUGCAGAAACACCAUCUCCGGCAGCAAGACGUCGUUGUCACCAUGGUCAGAGUCGAUAAAUCCUCUCUUUGUUUCAUGUAGCCGGUACUUUUAGUAUUCCUCAUGAAGUAAAUGUACAUAUUUUAAGUGUGUUCUUAGUACCCAUCACUCUGGUUCUAGUAUGAACUGGUUCUGAGUUUAUUUCUGAAACCAGAAAAUUUUCAUGAACAGCGACAGAAAAGAGGAUCCUGGGGAGGUGAUGCCUGUCAGAUGAAGAUCUUGUACUUCUCUUUUAUGAUGAUCGAAGUAGCUGUGAAGCAUACGCAGUGAAAGUAGGAGUGCUGAGGGUGCUGCAGUUCCCUCUACAGUAAAAUCAGGCUCAGUUAAAGCCAUCAGCUUUUAAAACAUUCAAACUUAUGUAUGCGAUGUACAUGAUGCACACAAGCAUGUGUGGUGGUUUUCAGUUUAUUUUCUAUAGUGAUUUUUGAUUUGUUUAAACCUCCUGCAUAGUCAUUAAACUUAGAGUGGUUUCUAAGAUGUUGGUUAUUCUGUCAGAAUAGCAUAACUCAAUAUACUUGUUGAAUUUUUGAAUUUAAGUCACUUUUUAGUAACUGUAAACAGCCUUUUGAACAAAGUCUAACAUCAAGAAAGACGGAGACAUGAUGGCUGACUGCUCUCUGGGCCUCAUCUGUUUUAACAUGUUAUUCAUAGUUUUCUGCCUGUUGAAUAGAAACAACUGUUAAAACGUUUAAUCUAAAAAAUCCUCAACUAUAAAUAAAUGUAAGAAACUAUGAACUUGCAGCCGGAAGUGUGACGUAAUCAUGACUUCUCUUAGCACUUCUUGAUAUGCUGUCCUUCAGCACUCCUGCUGUGAAGCCUCCUGCUGUGAUAAUUUUCUGUCUCUGUAACGUAAAACCCAAUUAAUGACUCAUUUCUUCUUGUCAGACAAAAGGUGGACUGUAUUUUACAGGACAGGAUAUUAAAUCUGUUCUUCUGUUUUGUUAGUCGAGUACAACCAAAAGGUUUGUCACCAGCUAAAUGAUGAGUUGUGUUUCCUCAUCUUAUGGUUCCAAGGUGCUUCCUUUUCCACAAAACUGUAUAAAAAUCAUCAUCUGAGUUCAACAUCCUUUUUUUUUUUUUUUUUUUGGUUUCCUUGUUACAGGUUGGAAGCAAUGAGCCUGUGAACAUGAGCGGCUCUGUGUUUGGACUGGCCAACAAGACUCUGCGGCUUGAGAAAACCAAAGGUUAGGAUCUUGACCUUUUAAAAACCUAGAGCUUGACUCAGUUGUGAAGCAGGGAAAGCCAUAAUUACAAUAUUAUCUCGCCUCUUGGCCAAUAAGUGCCUGAAAUUGGUCAAAUCGAAUCAGAUGAGGCACAUUUUGCUCUCCUUCCACCGCUUGUUGACAUUAAAGAUGGAUGCAUUGCAGAUGCCUUGUCUGUUCUCCUCCUCUUUAUCCCUUUUCCUCUUGUUGUGCCCUUUUGUUCAUUUGAUUUUCUUCUUAAUGGGGGCUACAAAGUGUUUCUGUAUUCCCUAAUCCUUACCUGCUCUGAGCUGGCAGCAAAAGGAAAGUUCUUUCACUGUUCCCUUUAGUGCCUGUUAUUUUUUUUUUGUCACUGCCUGCAAGUUUCUUUUUUCUGAUGCUGGUUUCUCUCUUUCUGAGCCUUUUUUUUUCUUUUUUACUUUACUGUGGGGUUUAAACGCAAGAGUCCAUUUGGUUUGUUAAGGAUGGUUUUCCCUCACUUCAUUUCCAAACUGCUGAAAGAAAGACUCAACUUCACUUUUGGAUCUGUGCUCCCUGACUCUGCUCCACUGUGCUCAGAGAUCGGGAAAUACAUUUGUCAAGAGUAUAAGGAGCUUCUAUGUGCAAAUAUUUACCGUAAUUCUUGGGUGGGAGAUGGGAACACACUGACUUACUCUACAGUUACAAACUGAUUUGUAUAUGUGUUUUUCUAUUAGCAGGAAAAGACAAAACCAGUGGUUUAGCUGCAGCCACACAGGUGAGUCAAUGCCAGUAACCAAGUACUUAAAUUAUCAAUGUAAUCUUCAAGAAACUUUGGAUGUCUGCCCAACAAUACUAAAUGAGAAAUGCCACUAUAUGAAAUUUAGACCAAUCCGUUUAGAAUGAGAUAUAAGAUCAUCUAAAUUUCUUUAUUGGAAAAUGGGCCUGGCUUUUUAAAAAUUAUUUUUAUUUAGAUCAAAGGUUAAUUUUGCUAUUCCAGGCCAUAAUCUAUGUCUGACAUCUUCACAACUUAAAUAAGCAGGAGAACAUCUCAGAUAAAAGACGUCAACACUUUACAGUUACAAAUCCUCAUAAACAGUCAUGACAGUUAUCUUGUAGGCUAAACGUGACCAUGCUGAAACCUACAAAGAUUUUUGAUCUCUUAUGUUUCACUAUUUUAAGAAGUUGCGAAGUUUUCUCAUAUAUAUAUAUUUAUUUAUAUAUAUAUAUAUAUAUAUAUAUAUACAUAUAUAUAUAUAUAUAUAUAUAUAUAAUAUUUAUUUAUUUAUUUAUUUUUUACAAAUUGAGAAUAGCUGUCUGUUCUUUCUAGAAUAACUCUACAGCUUAUGUUAUGGGACAGUAGAAACAAGUUGUGUACUUAACCUUCUUCCUGUGUUAGCUAAACUGAAUUGAUCUCACAUAUCUGGACAUGCCCGACGUAGUUUUUUGUGCAGGGAAAAACCAGGCAAAAUGAGAAUUCCCUAAAUCUCACAUGAUUUUAAAAGGAUCUGACUGUCAGUGCACUUAUGAUUUCAGUUUUUGCUCUGAUUAAUAGAUAUUAAUCUCACUGGGUCAACAGCAACCCUAACACGACAAGUGCCAUAAUUUUAAUAAGAGCAUUUUAUAAUUUAGUCAAUUUAUUUUUUUUAUUUUAUUUUGUUGAAGUGGAGGUUCCUGACAAAGUCAAAAAGUCUUGAUGCAAAAAAGCUAGUUCAAGUGUUUCUUUUAAGCAUUUAAAAACAAAAACGUGUUGGUGCAGACCCUAACACAGGAGGAGGGUUAACAUCACAGCAUUAAACCACACCUUGGCAUUACACAUACAGCAUUACACUUCCCCAACAGAAAAAUGUCAGGACAAAAUUGAAGCUUUAGUUUAUUGACAAAAGUUAAUUUAUUUUUAUGCACAUUAUAACAUGAUUAUCAUCAACUGAAGGCAGGGCUAUUGAACUCUCAAGGGGAUGAUAUGACUAUACUUCCUGAAGGUAAUCAUUAGGUCAGGAUGUGGACCUUUUUCUUCCAUAUUGCAUGUUAAUGAUGAUCAUCCAUAAUUAAAUACAGUAAUGGACAUCACAAUUAACACUUUGCUUACUAUCACCUCAACAGUAUGGCUGAGAGGAUAGCAGAAGUGGUUUUAAAAACAACUGAAGACCUCAUUCAUGUCAUCAUUUAUCUCUGAAGUUAAAGAUUUCUGCAGAACUCGAACAAUGAAACAAUUGUGUGGUUAACGUCCUGUGAGCUCUCACCUCACACAUUGAUAACUCUGCUUUGUUUUGUACCCAGCCUGGAGCGGGGGGUGCAGGAGGCUCUGAGGCCCAAUCUCCACAGCUGACAGACAGAGCAAAGAGUCAGCCCAGACCCAGUAAGAACCGCGACAUGGACGGUAGGACAUGUUAUCUAACAAGUUUGAGCGAAAUAGACUUGGGUGUGAGAGAUUUUCCAUCAGUGGCAGGGCUUGAUGUUUCUGACAGCCAGACUGGGUUACUGACUCUUGUUGGGGUGGCUUUGUGUGGUUAAAAUCUUGGAGGGUUAUCACCAGUAAUCAUAGAAACGCCAUAUUUCACAAAACAAAACAAGUGGUAUGAAUACUUUCCAGAUGCACUGUAGAAGUUCUCUUUUGGAUCAGCUAACAUUGGUUACAUUGUUUUUUUCAGGACCAAUAUCAAUACUUACUACAAUAAAAGAUUUGUUAUGAUAUGCAUUGACAGGGAAAAUAAUUUUUUUUCUGUUAAUAAUCUAGAGUAUUACAAAUUCUAACAAAACACUUCUUGAAUACCUUGAGAAAAUGUUUGAAAUAUCAUAUAUCAUAUCCAUUUCUAUGUAGGUGGAAAGACUGAAUCAGUCACAUUCAUAGUACAGUUUCAUCACACUGUCAGGUGACUAUCAGAUGGUGGUGUGGGCGGACCAUUACAUGAAACAAAGUGGCAUCAGUGUCAGAGCCGUAGUAGAGCUCAUUUUGAUUAGCUAACUUUAUCAACCAUCUGUGAGAUAAAGGACCAACAUAGGUAAUGGGCCAAUUGCCAAAUACUGGCCCCAGUAAUCAGUCAAGGCCAAUCUCUUUUCUCUGUAGAAUGGCAAAGACUGAUCAAGACCACACAGUUUUCAGAGCCACAGAAAAUUUUGUAACGUCUAUGGUUCUUUUAAAAAUGGUCGCUACCUUGCCUCUGAACAGUCUCCCUUCGGGUAUCCAUGCACACACUGUUGUAGGCCAGCUCAACAGAGCGAUCAGACAUGGUAUUUUCACCUUCUUUUUAUAGAAUCAAAUAACUUUUCAUAGUAGAAUAAAAUACAAAUGAAUUGAAUUGAUCUUUGUAAUUGCACAUGCACAACAUAAUUGGCUGCAGUCCAAUCAGGUGCAAACAGUUGAGUGCAAACAUCAAAAAGUACAUAAAUAAUUACUCCAAAGCUAACUAUAAUAGUUAUGUUUUAAACAGACAAACUUAUAAAAAUCAAUAUUUGGAUGUACUGUAAAUCAGAAUGGUAAACAUUAACUAUGAUGAAGCACAGUUUGAAAAUAAUUCCUUUUAAAUCUUGAAGUCUAUCUCAUGUCUAAACAUGGAGGAGGUGGACUUUCUAACUCAGAUGGAGCUCUCAAUUUUUGUCAAUCAUUUAUUGACCAGUUAACGGGAUGGAUUUAAGGAUCUUUGAAGAAGAUCUGUAAUUUCUUGUUAUAUUGUUUUGUACGUGUGCGUGUGUGACCAGGAUUUCUGGACAUGCUGACGAGGGCUCAGUGCUGCAGAGUUGAUGACCAACGAGGCCUUUUGACCAAGGAGCAGCUGGAGAUCCCUCUGUUUUUACAAGUUCCCCCAAACAAGGAACAAGAAGCAGCGGCAGAUGAGCGCAGCACAACUGGCUCCACCUCUGCAGACUCCAAAGAAGAAGAAGAAAAAUCGUUAGCUUCAGAAGAAGCCGUGCCCAAACCCCCCGACUCCGCUGCAUCUGAAGCCAAAGACUUGAAGGAAACCGCAGUGUGA